CUGGCUCUGGAUAUUGACAAAGAUGCUGAGGAACAAAACCGUUACCUGGAUGGCAUGGAUUCAGAUUUUCUGAGCGUGACUGGCCUGCUAACCGGCAGCGUGAAGCGUUUCUCCACCAUGACGCGGUCCGGGAGGGAUAACCGCAAUAAAAAAAAAGGACUGAUUGUUGUUUUCUUCAUCCUCUACUAUCUUGUGUCCAGAGCAGGGACUUGA